AUAUAAACCAGCCUCUCCGUCGCCAUUGUUUGUUUUUGAGUUACGUUUCAUCAUAAGCCUAACUUUUGCCAUCUUUACUCAUAGAUCAGAAAUGGCGAUUCGUCACAGCGCUGAGAAAGUGGGAUGCGCCUUUAUCUCGCAGUAUUACCAAGUCCUCGAUCUCCGGCCGGAGGACACUCACAAAUUCUACAAGGAUUCAAGCGUGGCUGGCUGGGAAGGAAACGACGGCGUUGUCCAUUCAGUGACAACAAUGAAAGGAAUAAACGAUAUGAUCAUGUCUUCAGACUACAAGGAUUCCGAGGUGCAAGUGAAGAGCAUUCAUGCCCAGGAUUCUUUACAGGGAAGCAUUCUUUUGGUGGUCACCGGGAACUUGAUCGGAAAAGAUGAAGAAGUGACCAGAAAUUUCAGCCACACUUUCCUUCUUGCCAGCCAAGAGAGAGGCUUUUUUGUCUUGAAUGAUAUCUUACGCUUUGUUGAUACACACCCACCAUCAACUCCUCAAGAAUCUGCAACUAUCUCCAUCCAUAAACCACCAGAUUCUCCUCCUUCAGAUUCAGUCAUUUCAGAGCUUGAUGAAGUUCUUGAGAAUGUAUGUUCAUCAAAAGGGUCUGCACUCAACCCAUCAUAUGCUGAGAUUACAGCUGAAACCAUUUCAAAACCUUCGCCAGAUUUGAUUCAUCCUAAACAACCAGCUGCUGUAGUCCACAAGACAACCUAUUUAGAAACUUUGUCAAAAGAGAGAUCCUGUCCCCCUGCCCUUGCUGUCCAGAUUGUGAGGGUUUCUGCAAUCGAUGGUAGCUUGGUGGCACCCAAACCACAAUUAGAUGGAAUCAACAGUGUGGGUAAGAUUGCUACUCCGGCAGGUGAUGAAACAGCAAUGUUGUUUCCGGGUAGUAAGGGAAUCUAUGUCGGGGGGUUGCCACCCAACACAACGAAACAUGAGCUGGCUGAGGCUGUCAAGAUUUUUGGUAGAGUUAAGAAGAAUGAUGGUGUUCAAGUCAUACAGGAUUACAAGAACGAGGAUGGAUUCACUUAUGGAUUUGUGCAUUUCGAGUCUGAAGAAUCUGCACGAAAAGCAGUCGAGGCUCAUAAUUUCAUUGUCCGGGGGAAAGAAGCCUACAUAACAUACAAGAAAUCAAGCACAAGUGGUGGCAAUGGUGGCAGGGGGAGGUCUCCGCCGGCUAGAGGUGGAUUCCGGCAAGGUUCGCCACCCGGUAAAGGAGGAUCUUACAAUAAUGGCUAUCAUAUUAGAAGAGAGAAUGGUGGUGGAGAUUAUAAUUAUUACCGGUAUGAAUACAGAAACAGAAGCUCAGAAGGACAAGACAGAGAUGAUUACCAGUGGAACAAUGGAGGAUGGAGGGGUAGAAGAGGAUGGGGGAACAGCCAUGGCGGCAAGUAAUAGUGAUAAAUGCAUGAAUUUUGGGGUGUAACAUUUUUUACUCAUAUACUCAUAGCAAAAUACUCAUUCUUUUUUCUUUUCAAAGAAUUUUCUUUUUGAUCUAAUCAAAAUACUAUU